AUGGAGAAGCUACCGCCAGAGAUCAUACAAUUCGUUACUGGCCUUCUGGACCAGCAUCCACCCAGUUUUCGUGCUUUCGCCUGUGUGAACUGGGGCUGCUAUUAUGCCGCACCAACCUAUCUAUUCCACACUCUACACUUCAAGGAGCAAGAGAAGAAAGAUGUCAUUGACUUGGCCGAGAAGUACUCACAGCAAUUGAAACAAACCUCUGCCUUUCAACACGUCCGUUUUGUGAGUAUUGAGGACAACCUGGAUUCAGAAAUGUCGAAAAAGAGCGCGCUGUCCCAGCAAUAUCAAUUUCGGGUAGCAACAGACAUUCAGCCUCUCCCAUAA